AUAACUAUGUUUACUUUUCGUUUGAUUUUGAAUGAUCAUGUUUGAUGUUUCUUACUUAUUUUGAAUCGAUUUUACUUAUGUUUUGGUUACAAAAUUGGUACAAAUGAAGUACUUUAAAACCGAAGAACUGAUUAUACUUAUGUUUUGGUUACAAAGUAGGUACAAAUCAUGUACUUUUAAACCAAAUAACCGAUUAGGAUCCGAACCUGAAAAAACAUUUGGUUGUGCCAUUCUUUGAAGAUUUAACUCGAACUCGAUAGAAACCAAAACCGGUCCAGAAUCGAAGUUUCAUAUAACCUAAAUGUUGCUGAUUUUUAUAUAUUCAAAAAAAUCGAGAUCCGAUUGGAUAAAACCAAAAUCCGAUUGGGACCAUAUAUACCUAUGCCAAGGUUGUGUUUUCUGAACGACCGAAAUAUGAAAAUUUAAAAGAAUUAUGACCAUUUUUCUUUCCCAAUAACUAUUCGACAGGAGGUGUGAAAAUAAACCAUUCCUGCAGUAUCAAACCAUUUUCAGCUUAUAAAUUGCUGUAAAUCAUGCCAAGCUAAGAGGGAAAGAAAGAAAAAUUGAUCUGUGGAAGAAUAUAAAAUGAAGACAGAAUUAAAUACAACAAAUUUGGUUAAUACAUAUGCAGUAUAUUACUCCAAUUCGACGUGUCGGCUAAAGAAAAGAAAGUAAGAAGCAGCUUCGGAGGAUAUAGUGAAUCAUCGAAACAACUGAAAUAUAAAAAUUAAUUUGAUCAUAUAUAUGGGAAUCAAAAAGACGUGUAGAUUAGCGAAAGAUACGGCGAUGUUUUUGCUUCUAUGUUCUUUGCUUCUCUUAAUUAAUAAAUAUUUUGCGGUUAUAUAAGUCUGAGUCCAUUAAUUUCACCUUACCGCCAGCUAACAAUCCCGAUGAAUUACUCAUAAAUACUGUAAUACAACACUUCAGUUUACAUCCGCCCAUUUGUUAUGUCACUCGAAAAGAUAAUGAUGUACUGAUAUGAGAUCCACACAUUUUCCCGACAUCUAGAUUUUUCUAUGCCAAUUUAAAAUAAAUUACUAAGAUUAUGAUGUUGAUCAUGUGCAAUUAACAGUGGUUAAUUGUUUUAUGACAAAAUUUCCACGACUUUUACUAUCAAAACGUCAAAUUAAUGGCUACAACUAUUUGCAGUAGAUAACCUACUGAUAACAUUUUUGUUCACACCAAUUACCCCGGAGAACCGACCCAGUACAGACCCAAAAUUUGAGGUAGGAACCAAAGCAGCGUUACCGAACUCGACUCGAAUUAAGAAUCUAAUGAGUAUCCAAAGUAUGUGAAUAAAAACAAAUAUCUAAAAUAUUGGUUAUAAUAUACUCAUAAUUCCAGUACCUAAAAUAAAGAAAAAAACAUAAAUUAAAUAUAGUAGGUAGUUUAGUAUUUUCUGAUAAAAUUGGAUAAUUUGGAUACAAAAUAUCAAAACUAAAUUGUAUCAGUGAUUACUUUGGAAUAAAAGUAAAUAUUUUGAACGCAUGAGUGUUUUUUUAUUGUUUUGGGUAGUAUAUACUCAAACUGAAUUGUAUUUAUGGUUAUUUGGAUAAAAAUAAUCGAUCUGAACUGUAUCUGAUGAUGGAUAAAGACUGGAUCUCAAAAAAGUUGCUCGUAUUCACAAUACCUAGUUGUGUCGAACCGGACCGGAUCCAAAAAAACAAAUACUCGAAUAGGGUCUAAUUUCAAAAAAAAACCUGAAUCUUAAGAAUGUUCAUAUCUAGUCUCAAUCUAUAAAAUUGGGAGAUGGACUCAAAUGGAUCUCAAGAUCUUGAAUAAAGAGGGAAACUUUCUGAUCAAUAUACAAAGGGUUGAGACAAUCACUCCAAAAUAAGUGAAUAACACACACGUUCAGUAAUCCCAGGAACUAUAUUUUUUUAAAAAAAAAACCCGGGCCUAUAUACGUUAAGGCAUGCAACAAUCCCAGAUUUGCUUUUUUAAGUUACGGACAAUGUACAUAUAAUAUGUAUAGCUAGAAUUAAGAACUGUAUGCAUUCAUGACUUCGAAGAUUCAAACUGGCAAGAUUACUGAACAUAAAUAUUGGGGUUGAUUUAAUGCCAGCUUCUUUUUUAAUUAGUUAAUCAAAUUCAAUAAACUAAAACAAAAAUCUUUAAAAAUGCGUCAUCAGUUCAAAUAUAAUAUUAGACAUAGACCACUUAUAUAAACCUUUACCAUAACAUAACUACAAACACACAAAAACAUUGUCUCUCUUUGCUUACCAAUAGACAACCUUAAAGCCAUUUCUCAUACACGAGAGAACACACACAAAACCCUAAAACACUCAUCAACACCUUAAACUUAUUAGUGUCUAAUGGCACUCGUUAAUAACCAUCCCAACGAGGCAAAGUACGUGUCAAAACAAAACUCCUCAUCCCAAGAUCUCUCAUCACCGGAGAACUACGGAUUGGAUCAGCCUGACGCAGCUUAUGCCGGAGGAGGAGGACAUUCGGCUUCGAGCAGUAGCACGAUGAAUUCCGAUCAUCAGCAAAAUCAUCAAGGGAUAGUAUUUUACCCUUCUGGCGAAUCCGUCGAGGAUCACAACUCUUUGUUAGAUUUCAACGGAUCCUCAUUUCUUAACUUCGACCACAACGAUGAUCGUCAUGAGAGCUUUCCUCCUCCAACCAUAAGUUGCGGUGGUGUUAGCGGUGGCUUCUCUUUUUUGGAAGGCAACAACAUGAGCUACAGCUUCACAAACUGGAAUCAACAUCAUAUGGAUAUUAUUGGCCCUAGACACAUCGAAACUCCCGGGACAAACCAAGUCCAUAAAGACUGGUUAUAUUCUGAUUCAACUGUUGUAACCACUGGUUCUAGACAUAAGUCUGCCUCGCCUAAAUCCACUGGAAAUAAACGUUCUUAUACGGGAGAGAGCAGUCAACCACCCUCAAAGAAACCCACUACCGGCGCAAAAGGGAAAGCUAAGCCUAAGCCAACAACUUCACCGAAAGAUCCACAAAGCCUAGCAGCCAAGAAUCGAAGAGAAAGAAUAAGUGAACGUCUCAAGAUAUUGCAAGAACUUGUUCCCAAUGGCACCAAGGUUGAUUUGGUAACGAUGUUAGAGAAGGCCAUUAGUUAUGUAAAGUUUCUUCAAGUGCAAGUUAAGGUACUUGCGGCCGAUGAGUUUUGGCCGGCACAAGGAGGGAAAGCUCCUGAUAUUUCUCAAGUUAAAGAUGCCAUUGAUGCCAUCCUCUCUUCGUCACAACGAGGCAGGAAUUUGGAUCCAGUCACCAAUCAAUGAAGAGUCUGAAUGUAAUUUAAUUAAUUACUCAACAGUAAUUAAGUUGUAGUAAUAUCGGGAAGAACAAUGAUUCUCUCGAUAACUUCCACAUAAAUUUUAAAAUACGAUUCAAAGAUUAAAUAACGUUAAAUAUGUGAAAAAUCGAGAAGUUCUUAAUGCAUCUAUAUUGAAGACAAGAGACAUUCAAAGCACCGAUGAUCAGUUCGAUGUUGGGUCCACACGAGGAUGGAAUCUUUAUAUAGUAGAUAUAAGUAGUAAAACUUAAUAAUAUACAUAAAUAUGUAUCUUUUCUUGUCUGUUUUUUUUUUCUGUGUGUUUUUAGUCUACCGAAUAUAAAUCUUGUAAUGGAAUUUUAAAUUCCAAGAAAUAAGUAAUAAAAUUCUGCCCUUUUGGAUUUUUCCUGGGCAUUCACGUUCAGAGAAUCUAUCUGAUUUACAACCUUUAGAGUAUUUGAAUCUCACCAAGAGUGCUUUUUGAGCAACAUGCUAAUCUAUUUUAAGUUCUCCAAAUACGUAUACUACUGUUAUAAAAUGCAUUUACACAUUCUCAUCAGAUUGAUUAUUAAAACAUGUGGUAAAACACAACACAGUUUCGAUAUAUAGAUGGAUAUGUUGCCUUAUUAAUUAACAUAUUCAACAAAUAAUAUAUAUAUAUAAGAAAAUCACCAUUAAAUAUAAAAUUAAGAAAGCAACAGAAAAAUAUAAAAUAAAGGAAUUUUUUUAUUAUACUAGAAAAUAGUUGCAUGAUUGAAAUUGUAUUUACUAUAAAAAUAAACUGGUUUAUUAUAGUAGUGUAAACUAAACUUUACUCUGUGUGCAAGAUAAAGACCUAGAAAGUGUAUAUAUCUUGAUUUUUUUUUGAGAAUGUAUAUCUUGAUUUUUUCAAAGAAAAUAUUUGCCAUCAAUCUCUCCUUUAAGAUAUCGAAAUAAUAUAGUACUCCCUCCAUUUCUAUAUAAUGCAUGUUCGAUCACUUUUUACUUGUUUCUAAGAGAUCAAUGUUCUAGAUUUUCUAUGUAUUUUUAUAAUGAACUGUAAAUUUCAAGAAAUAUUAAUUGACAAUUUUAAAUUUAUUGAAUUUCUAUUG